GAGAGGAGAGUGAUUUCACUAAGGAUUUCAUUGGUACGGUAUCUGGGACAAAUAGCGAUGGGUACCCAACAAGACCGUCUGUCACCAGAUCAAACUUAAAAAGGAAAACUGGAGGAAAAGAAAAGUUCCUUUGAUUGCUCCUGUCUAUCUUCUCCAGAAAAAGCAUUACCUUUCUGUUUUCUUGAGUAACGUGAAGGAGAAGAGAGAGAGUGCAGGAUAACCUUGUGACUGUUUCCUAAAAGAUGAACCGACGGUACAGUAGAAGGAGGAUUUCUGACUGACUAACUCUUUGCCCGUUGCUCUCCACUGUCCUGCCCCCCCACCUCUCCAUACACUCCCACUGCUCGGCGGGACAACACACUCAUGGUGGAUGCAAAGGGCCGGAACAUGAAAUGUCUGUCCUUCCUCUUGAUGCUCCCAGAGUCAGUCAAGAGCAAGUCACCGAGCUCGAAGAGCUCCAAAAAGACAGUAAACAGCGGCAGCGCUGCCGGGGGCAGUACCGGGUCCAAGCUGCCUCCAGUGUGUUACGAGAUCAUUACCCUGAAGAACAAGAAGAAAAAGAAGAUGGCAGAUAUUUUCCCUAAGAAGCAAGGUGAAGGGUCGUCCACCACCACGGUGCAGGAGAACCAAAAACAGAACCUGAAUAACAAUACCAUUCAGAACUGUAACUGGCAGGGGCUGUACUCUACUAUACGAGAGAGAAACUCUGUGAUGUUCAACAAUGAGUUGAUGGCCGACGUUCAUUUCGUGGUGGGACAGACGGGAGGGACUCAGAGACUUCCAGGACACAGGUAUGUUCUCGCUGUUGGCAGUUCAGUGUUCCAUGCCAUGUUUUAUGGAGAGCUUGCGGAAAACAAGGAUGAAAUCCGGAUUCCGGACAUGGAGCCUGCUGCAUUCCUGGCAAUGUUGAAGUACAUCUAUUGUGAUGAGAUAGACCUGAGUGCUGACACAGUGCUGGCCACGCUCUACACCGCUAAGAAGUACAUUGUGCCCCACCUGGCCAGAGCCUGUGUUAACUUUCUGGAGACUAGCCUUUCAGCCAAGAACGCCUGCGUCCUGCUGUCACAGAGCUGUUUGUUUGAGGAGCCUAAGUUGACACAGCGAUGCUGGGAGGUGAUUGAUGCCCAGGCAGAGCUGGCCCUGCGGUCUGAGGGUUUCACUGACAUCGACUCCCAGACACUAGAGAGUAUCCUCCAGAGAGAGACCCUCAACGCCAAAGAGGAGGUGGUGUUUGAGGCAGCUCUGAGCUGGGCCGAGGCAGAGUGUCAGAGACAGGACCUCACCACCUCCAUCGACAACAAACGCAAGGUGCUGGGCAAGGCCGUAUUCCUCAUUCGCAUCCCCACCAUGACAUUGGAUGACUUUGCCAACGGUGCCGCUCAAUCAGGCGUCCUGACCCUGAACGAAACCAACGACAUCUUCCUGUGGUACACCGCAGCCAAGAAACCGGACCUCCUGUUCGCCAGCCAACCACGGAAGGGCCUGUCUCCUCAGCAAUGCCACCGUUUCCAGUCCUGUGCCUACCGGAGCAACCAGUGGCGCUACCGGGGACGCUGCGACAGCAUUCAGUUCACAGUGGACCAACGCAUCUUCAUCGCUGGGUUCGGCCUCUAUGGCUCCAGCUGCGGAUCGGCGGAGUACUCGGCUAAGAUUGAGCUCAAACGCCAGGGCCUUCUUCUCGGGCAGAACCUGAGUAAAUACUUCUCUGAUGGUUCUAGCAACACGUUCCCCGUGUGGUUUGAGUACCCUGUGCAGAUAGAACCGGAUAUGUUCUACACGGCCAGCGUGGUACUGGAUGGGAGCGAGUUGAGUUACUUUGGACAGGAAGGCAUGACGGAGGUGCAGUCUGGGAAGGUGACGUUUCAGUUCCAGUGUUCGUCAGACAGUACCAACGGAACCGGAGUCCAAGGGGGACAGAUACCUGAACUCAUCUUCUACACAUAAAUUAACCUAAUGCCUAAUGUGUACCUUCUGCGACCAUCCACAAGUCUGGUUCCGCGUCCACUCACCUCCUUGGAAAAGUAUCCCAUGAACAUGUGCGGACGGGAGCGGAACGUUCAAUAUUGCAACAUUUUGUUUGAUUGGCCUUAGUGCACAGUGCGGAAGAGGAAGGUAUGAGUUAUGGACCAUACCAUUAGUUUGGUAGUAAAAUGACCUAGUGACCUCAUGGGUGGAAUGUAAUGAAUAUUUUGAAAUAUUCAUAUUUUUUUUAUUCAAAAUAUUCAUUAUUUUUUUUAUUUUGAAUAUUCUGAAAAUCCAGUGUUUGUAUGUCAAGUGGUGUUGUGAUAUUUCAGUCUUCUGUGAUGUGUAUCAAUUGUAAUAUUGGGAUGCAAACUCAAAAUGUAAUACAUUUCAACUCGAUGUCUGACAUGAUACAGGUGUCUUUUUUUCAGCCCAUAACUAUGUGUGUGAGGUGUAUACCUUCGUAGAUGUGUUUACUGCUACCAAUAAAUACUCUGUGUGACCCUGUUUUAGCCCACCGUACUAAAACGUUUUAAGGACUAUGGUUGGAUGGUCAAAAUGUGUCCAUGGUGUCUGAGAAUGGAUUUAGUUUCUAGGUGAUAAUUUAUUUGCAGGUGCUGGAAGUCUUUAGGAUAGUGGAUUUGGAUUUCUCUCUUUCUGUGCGUGCGAAACAACAGAUAUCUAAUUUGGGAAUUUGAAAACACGUAAUUGAGGAUUCUGUUUUGGUGCUGUUAGAUGCUCUCCAACUCUGUGCCAUGAGUUCUUAAUCUUAAAAAAUAGUCUCUAACAUCUCAUCAGAGCAUAAACUGAAGAGGGUCACCGGAUUCAAUAUCAUGACAUGUUUCUAAUGUAUGUACAGAGAGAGCCCCAUUUAUUAAAUGUUCAGCUAAAUGACAAACCCAAAUCUAACUGCCUGUAGCUCAAGCCCUGAAGCAAGGAAAUUUGUAUACUUGGUACCAUUUGAAAGGAAACACUUUGAAGUUUAUGAAUUGAAUGUAGGAGAAUAAUGUGAAUUGAAUGUAGGAGAAUAUAACACAAUAGAUCUGGGUGAAGAAAAUACAAAGAAAAAACCAACCACCUUCUUUGAAAUGCAGCAGAACAGCUAUCACUCUGGUUGUAAUUCCAAUGGUGUCCACAAGAUGGCAGCCAUGUGUGUGCAAAGUUUCAGACGAAUAACUUGAAGUAUGAGCGAACUACAUGACAUUAAGCGUGAAUUCACCCAGGUACAUUUGGGCAAAUUGUGAAGCAGACAUUUGCAUUCAUAUUACAUUUUUCUAUAAGAAUAUAUCGUCAAAUCUGUCUACUUGGACUUUGAUUGAGCUUUUCCAGCCAUAUUAUAAGUUCAGCAUUUGCAAAACAACCAGUUUUCAUAACUUCAUAACUCUGAAUAUCCUUAUAAU